AUGAUGUCAUCAACAAUGACUGGAGAAAAAUUUGAAAAUGAGACUAAGGUGACAUGGUGUGUGGUGUGGUUCACAGAGUCUAAAGAAUAUAGUGUAAUUCCAACUAAUUGGAUUGUAAAAAAUAAUGAAUCUCAAAGUGAUUCAUUAUUUUGCAAAUGGCCCCCUUAUAAGGUCACCAGUGACCAUUUAAAAAAAGCCAUAACUCCAUCCCAGUCAUGGGAAACUUAUAGGGUGAAAUUUGUUGGAGUCAAUAAAACUUAUGAUAACUUCAACAAGGCAUGGCAUAAAAAAGUAAAAGAAAAAUAUUCUUCUACGGACACAAAUGAUUCGUCAAAAAAUAAAAAAAAAAGAUUUCUUAUGUGUCCUUCUGAUGAUACUGAUGAUGAUGACAAUGAUGAUGAUAAUGGUAUCAAUUUUAACAUAUUGCCAUGUAAACAAGUAGUAAGUACUCCAUCAGUUGCCCUGGAACCAAUUAAUUAUGGAGCUUCUACCUCAUCUAUAAUUAGUCAAUUCUAUGCAGAAAAUAACGUGAACGUAGAAGAAACUAUGCAAUAUACCGAAAUGCAGCCAAAAUGAGUUGAACAACUAGAAUAUCCUCAAAAUCAUUCAUUCACCGAGGAUACAAGUUGUUUUAUUCCUGUAUCACACGAUUCACCUUUAAAUUUCAAUGGAAAUGAUAGAUGCUCAUCUCAAGUUGAUGAAAAAUUAAAUAAAAUAAUUUCAGAGCAAAUAGAAAUCAAAUUAUUGUUGAAUCGCAUCUUGUAUAAAAUAGAAACUAACUCAUUAGGUAAUAGUCAAAAAUCAAUCAAUUUGAAUGAAAGUUUUAUAUGCAAAUUUCCUAUGAACGAUACUGAAGACUUUACAUCAGUCCAAAACUGUAUAUUGAAUGAAUUUGAUUUCAAAUCUAAACUGGAAUAUUUUAUCAAAACCAUUGGUGGAAACAUUCCUAAAAACCAUGUUACCAGAGUUAUGUCUAAACUGUUUACUAAUAAGUAUGGGAUUGAGUGUACCUGGACAGGCCGUGCCAAAAACAUUAGUACUAAAAUUGGAGACUCAGAUCUCAUAAAGAUAAUGAAAAAGUCUAUACAAGAAAGCUGUACUAACACUACCAUCACUGAUGCUGAAUUUGAAAGGGUGGCAAGUAUUCUAAGGAAAAAAAAGGCUCUUGGUUCAAUAUCUGACCGCCACUUCCGAAGAAUUGUUAAUGAAAAGAAAAAUGUAUGCUUAUCUUAUACUACAACUAAACAAAAUAAUGAAAUUACAUCUAAAAACAAAACUUUAAAUGAAAAGUCAAGUUCCUCAAAUGUUGAGAAUAAUACAUGUUCUUCAAAUAUUGAUAAUAGUAUACACUUUGAUAAUGUUGAUAAUAAUACCAACACCCAUUCAUCGAUUCAUCUACCAAAUCACCCAAAUCUACUUAAUUCUUUGUCUGGCUUGGAUACUGAUGACAAUAAUGAAGUUAUUAUGGAAACUAUAGGUAUUUUGGACAAAUUAAGAUCGUGGGUAGUCAAGCAUAAUGUUUCACAUAGAUGUGUUAAUAGUUUAUUGCUUAUUCUAAAAACUGAAGGGUUGUGUGUUCCAACUGAUGUAAGAACAUUAAUGAAAACCCCUAAAGUACAUGAAAUACAAAAUAUAUCUAAUGGUUCUUAUAUUCACUUUGGAGUAGAAAACAUGUUAUUGCCAAUUCUUGAAAAACAUAAUACUCAAAUAAAUAUAUCUGACCAUAUUUUAAAAAUUGGUAUAAAUAUUGAUGGACUUCCAAUAGCUAAAAGUUCUAAAUUUCAAGUCUGGCCUAUACUUCUAUCAAUAUUAAAUUUUAAAGAACUGCCUAACAAAGUUUUUCCUAUAGGGAUUUAUCACGGAUCCAAAAAACCUCUGUCUAUUGAAGAAUUCCUCAAGCCUUUUAUAUCAGACUUAAUGGUUGUAUUAUCUCAGGGUUUAUUAAUUAAAGGAACUAAAUUAAAAGUUGAAAUUAGUAAUAUUGUGUGUGACGCGUCAGCAAAAGCCUUUUUAUUAAAUUUUAAAGGCCAUAAUGCCUAUUUUGGAUGUACAAGUUGUACAGAAGAAGGAACAUACUUAAAACAUCGUGUAGUUUUUUUAGGGUUAGACUCACCAUUGCGCUCUGAUAAUACAUUUAGAAUGAAUCAUGAUGAAGAUUACCAUAAAGGUGACUCUCCUUUAAAGUUAUUACCAAUAAACAUAACUGAGACUGUAUGCUUGGAUUAUAUGCAUUGUGUAUGCCUAGGUGUUGUCAAGCGAUUGAUUGAAUUUUGGGUAAAUGGAAAUAAGAAUGUUUGA